AUGGUGAAUGAUGCGCUGAGGGAAUUCUUGGAUCAAGGUGUAGUAGUAUACCUUGAUGAUAUCCUAAUAUAUAGCAAAUCUCGAGAAGAACAUAGGGAGCUGGUCGGCAAAGUACUUAGCAGGCUACAAGAAUACAACCUGGUCGCCAACCCGAAGAAAUCGUUCUUCGAGCUCACCGAAAUCGGGUUCCUCGGAUACAUUCUUGCCCCAGCAGGCGUCACUAUGGCACUGGAUAAGGUUAUGUCUGUUACGAAUUGGCAAGCCCCGCGCAGCGUUAAAGAAGUACAAAUCUUCAUGGGCUUUGCCAACUUCUACAGAAGAUUUAUCCACAAUUUCUCCGGAGUCUGUAAACCCAUUACCGAUUGUCUCAGGGGAGAUGCUAAGAACUUUGUCUGGUCUAUGACGGCCCAAGCAGCCUUCGAAAAACUCAAAACCCUGUUUACGUCUGCGCCGAUCUUGGUCCAUUUCUCUCCAGAUCGCCAGACUAUCGUGGAAACGCACGCAAGUGAUUUUGCUAUUGCCGCAAUUCUAUCCCAGGUUAUUGACGGGAAGACUCACCCUGUUGCCUUUUAUUCUCGAAAGCUUAACCCAGCGGAACUCAACUACGACGUCUGGGAUAAGGAGAUGCUAGGAAUUGUGUCAGCCUUCAAGCAAUGGCGUCACUACCUUGAAGGACCUAGGCGAACGGUCCUCGUCUACACGGAUCAUAAGAACUUGGAAUAUUUCUCAACAACCAAGGUUCUUAACCGACGACAGGCAAGGUGGGCUGAGUCUUUGGCGGAAUUUGACUUUAAGAUUAUUUACCGCCCGGGAACCAAAAAUGGGAAGGCAGAUGCACUAUCGCGACGGCCGGAGUACCGUCCUGAAGGGGGAGGCACGCUUGGGAAACAGCCGAUAGACAGGUUCUUUAAGCCCGGACAGUUGGCGGAGGAAGAGUUUGUGGUAUCAGCAGUGUCGCUUGCCUCCAAGGGAGUGAUUGACUGGUCUAAGAACUUUCUAGAUCAUGUCAGGCAGGCGGCAUCGGGAGACCCGACAUGGGUAGGAUUGAAAGAGAGAGUUGAGCAGGUAGAGAAGCUGGGGGAAAUGAAGGAUAUCGCUGAGAAAGACGGGCUACUCUUCUAUAAGAACCGACUCUACAUUCCGGCAGACGACCGCAUCAAGAUCCGAAUUGCACAGUCAGAACACGAUUCGAAGGUGGCAGGACACUUUGGACAAGACAAAACUUUGGAACUCAUUACGCGCAACUUCUAUUGGCCAAAAAUGAACGAAUGGAUUGACGAUUACGUUCGGUCAUGUGACGAGUGCCAGCGCAACAAACCCAGCCGCUAUAAGAAAUACGGUGCGCUUCUUCCACUGUCCACACCACAUUCCGUCUGGCAAUCGAUAUCAAUGGACUUUGUCGUGCAGUUACCGGAAUCAAAAGGAUACAACCAAAUCUGGGUAGUAGUCGAUACGUUCUCAAAUAUGUCGCACUUCAUCCCCCUAGUAGCAGAAACGACCGCGCAGGAUUUAGCGAAGAUAUUCCUCGGUCAAAUCUGGCGACUCCAUGGGCUGCCUCUUGAUAUAGUUUCCGACAGAGAUGCCAAGUUUACUUCAAGCUUUUGGGCAUCCCUUAUGGAAUUGUUGGAUGUGAGGAUAAGAAUGAGUACGGCUUUCCACCCUCAGACCGAUGGGCAAACAGAGCGAGUCAACCAAACCCUCGAGCACUACUUACGAGCGUUCUGCAACUAUGAGCAAGAUGAUUGGGCAGAGUUACUCCCGUUGGCGGAGUAUGCUUACAACAACUCGGUUACCACCGCCACGGGUCAAUCUCCGUUUUAUACCAAUUACGGUUAUAACCCAAGAACCAACUGGCCAACAGAAGCCGAAGUGGUCAACCCAACUAGUGACCUGUACGCUCACUUCAUCCGAGGGGUUCAUGAUUCUGCUCUCACUCGCUUAACAGACACCAGGGAGAAGAUGGGGAAAUACUAUGAUCGAAAAAGGGAUGAACCGCCUAACUUCAAGGUGGGAGACAUGGUUAUGCUCAAUGCGACCAAUAUCAAGACACGUCGCUCCACCAAGAAACUCGAUCACAAGAAACUCGGCCCGUUCAAAAUCAUCCGACUAGCCGGGAAACGAGCCUGCGAACUGGAACUGCCGCCACAAGUCAAGAUCCAUAAUGUGUUCCAUAUUGAACUCUUGGAACGGUAUCGACAGAGCAGUAUCCCAGGCCGUGAACAACGUCCCCCAACUCCCGAGGAGGUCGAUAAGGAAGGAGAGGUGCUGUACGAAGUGGAAAGUAUCGUGGGGAGUCGGAAAAGCAGAAGAGGAUUAGUGGAAUACCUGGUGAAAUGGCGGGGCUAUUCGAUGAGUGACUGUACGUAUCAAGUCAUGGACGCUAUGGAUGAGGAAGUACUUGACCUUGUCCGCGACUUCCAUCGAAGGAACCCCAAGGCCGUGAAGGACCAACGCCUGAGACUAUAG